AUGGCUCGAGAGAUCGAGUACCAGCCUCUCAGCCAAUCCCGCCAUCAGAUCCGUCUGCUCCACAUCAGGCGCUUCGUGACGGACCACAACAGCCCGCUGGUGUGUCGUCUGGAGAUAUUCGACCGCCUCGAGUGCCCCCCUUACACGGCACUCUGCUAUGCCCGGGGCACUGGACACCCGACAGCCGUCAUAACCCUCAAUGACCGGGACUUCUCGAUACAGGCCUCGGUGGCCAUGGCCCUGCGGGAAAUAUGCCUCAAAAAACAGCACCCCCGGGUUUGGAUCAGCCAGAUAUGCAUCAACCACCAGAACGACAGGGAGAAGUCCUACCAAAUCCGCCAUUUACGGCACGUCUAUAGCUCCGCCACCUCUGUCAUUGCCUGGCUUGGCCCUGCGUUUGAGAAUAGUGAGGUACUGUUCGCACAUCUUGCCCAGAUGGCAACGAUGGCCCAGAGCCACGACUGGAACGGCCUUGUGAGGCUGCACGGCGACUUCUCCUAUGUGCAGGUUCUCGCGAAUGCGUUUUACUUGCUGUGUUCCCGACCAUACUGGAGUCGGCUUUGGGCGAUACAAGAGUUUGCAAUUGCAUCUCGCGUACUGAUUAUGUGUGGAAGUUCGACGAUUUCCCCCAGGAUGCUGGAUGCUAUCCAAGACCUGAUCGACAUUCUCCAAGAAGCAAAUUUAAGACGGCCCUCCAGAAGAAAAGAACAGCUCAUCCAGCGACUCAAGAUGGCCUUUUAUCCCAAAUCUCGCAGCUACAUGGCAAAUCUAUUGGCUCGCCGGGCAGCCCGUCAGUCGCAGCAUGGUAACCGUGAAACCUUCUUCCAGGUACUAGUAAACUGCCUGGUGCUGCAGUUCGAAUAUAAUCACACAGAAACAAGAGAUCCGCGCGAUCGUUUAUUUUCAUUAUUACACCUCUCUGCGGACUAUCAUCACUUCGAGAGACUCAUAGACUAUUCCCACAGCUGCGAAAGACUAUAUCGAGAUACAGCCAUGAAUUUGUUGCAACAGGGAAAUAUAGAUCUCUUUGCAUACUGCCAGUUCCCGAAAAGAAUCCAAAAUUUGCCGACGUGGGCUCCCGACUGGUCCAUGCCUCUGCGCAAUCCUUGCUGCAUGGCACCUUGGGUGAACAGAUUCGCCGCCUCAGGGGAUACUCGAGGCAAACAAAUGCUAGGCGAAACCAGCUCUGGGAAGCUGUCACUGAAAGGCUUGAAGGUUGAUAUCAUCAAAGCGUGCGGUGAUGUCUGGGACCCAGACUGGGAACUGCCGCUCAGCAAGGAAGGGGCCCUUGAGUUCAUCGAAGACAUUUUACAAUUAUGCAAACAGUCCCCACGCGUAUGGGUAACAGAGGAGCUUUCCGACGCAAUAAGAGUUGCAGUUUUGGAUGGCGCCAGAUGCCCCGACCACGAUCUUCACAGGCGCAUUCGGGCAGGCCAGCCUGCCGAGCUCCUUUCGGCGUAUGAAAGAUUGAAGUCUUGUGACGAGAAGCAGCAGCUGGACGACAAGGACUGGUAUAAUGAGAGUUUCAAGGGUCAAGGCUCAAAGGCGAGGGUCCACGAUCGAUGUCACAUGGCGUUUCGAUUGCAGGGAUAUGAGUGUGCCAGUAGUGGUUUUGGAGGUUGGAAGUGA